AUGCUGAAGCUCGAGUCGAAUUUUUUAUACCAAGACAACCCAAUUAAAUUUGGGCAAAAAAUUGACUCUACUCCAGUAUCAGCGAGAUUCUAUUCAAAUGGGCUUACAGAAGUGAUAAGUAAAGGAAUAACAAUUUAUUCGUUCUCAGCAUCACAAAUAAAAGAAAUACAGAGCUUUAGAACGAAACAAGGUAAUGAUUUAAGCGGUAUUGAGCUAUAUUUUCCAUCUAAAGUAAUUUUAUUAAGAAGCCAAGAACCAGAAACAGUACUUAAAUGGAAAUCAAACUUGAUAAUUAUGAAUAACACGAGUAAAGUAGAAAAAUUACUCACAAUAAACCUAUUUCAGAGGAAAGGAAUGGAACUUACAAAUGAAUAUGAAGCUUGUACAAUACAAGCGGAUAAAUGGCGAUAUACUAUAUACAAUGACUGCGAUUGUGCCGUAUUUCGAUAUAAUUAUCCCUACUUAGGAAUCAAAAAAGUUGUAUUUCAAGAAGGGCCACCAAGUCGUCCAUAUUUGUUAAUUGUUUACCUUAUGGAUGGAAAAGAGUUAUAUUAUUCUCAUAAUUCUGAAGAUAUCUUGAUGGAAUUAUUUAAUUUCUUCAAAAUAUACUGUUUGAAAUAA